GAUGAAAUUACCUAUUUAUUUAGAAAAAGAAUGGAUAAAUUUCAUAAUAUCUUUCCAAAAGAUAUAUGCAUAUUGACUGAUGAGUUUGGACAACAUGUGCGUGCACUAUACCACGUGUCUCGACAGGAAAAUAGUAAUGUAUGUAAAAAAACUCCAGAGCUAAUGUUGUUUGUUGAUGGAAUCAGACCAGUUAGGGCGAGAGUUUGGUCGGGCGUCAAUUACUUCUAUGUGCCUUGGAAUGACGGUGAACAACACUGGAUGUUAGUGGUAAUUGACAUCUGUAACUGGACGAUAUGGAUUUAUGACUCGAUUCCAAGUCACUGGAUCUCUAUAGAGGCCAUGAAAAAAUCUAUGCAACCACUUGCAGAAUAUUUUCCUUUUUUACUUCAAGGCAGUGGUCAUUUUGAAAACUUACGUCAUCAGUGCAAUCGUCACAUGAAUAUAAAAGUAGCCCCUGCAGAUACUGUUCCUCUUAACAAGAGAACCGGAGAUUGUGGUAUAUUCAUGCUUAAGACAAUGGAAAUGCACAUUGCCGAUAAGUGCGACAAGUCAGCUACAUUGGUGCUCAACGACAACAACAUAGAUACAUUCAGACAGGCAUAUGCAGUUCAAUUAUAUGUGGGUAGUGCGGAUCCUUAGCUAGCUAGAUAUACAUAGUUUCUAAUUUUUGUAUACUUUUUGUGGGAAAAAUGACUUUAAAAGACCUUAAUAUAGUAUAUACGGCCAUCAUGGUCUUUUGGGUUC